AUGAUGAUAGACAUCUUCAAAGCGAUUGCAAGACCAGUGAUGACAUAUGGUUACCCGGUAAUAUUAACAGCAAACGACAAAGUGUGGGAUCGGCUUCAAAUCAUCCAAAACAAAGCGCUUCGCGCUACCCUUGGCCUGCCGAUCUAUACCUCUGUCGAAUACAUACAUCGGAUAACCAAAAUACCAAAAGUCAAAGCCUAUGCAACAUCACUGCUCCAACAAUCCAUAGCAGAGGUCCUAAUGGGAUGGGACAAUCCCAUCCCAUCCCAUCUCGUCCCGUCCCAUUUCAUCCCGUCCCAUUUCAUCCCAUGGGACAUUUUUGAAUAA